AUGGUCCUCGGCCUUUGCUGGGCUAAUACCUCCCAUUCUUGCCAGUCCGGUUGGCCCGGUCCGACUGCGAGGCAGUGCUGCAACUGCAAGUUUUUGGAGCGGACGCCACCAGCGGAGAGGGAGAGCCCCGCCCCCGCAGCGGCGCAGGCACGCAGUCCCCGUACCCGGUGCGCCUCCUCGCCAGCCAGUCGCCACCCAAGCGGCGACGACGAGUCAGCAGCGAGCCAACGACGCACUUCGCCUCCGCCAAACUCACGCCCGCAGCAAGAUUCAAAGACCUUGAAGGAAGAACAAAGAGAGGAGCUAUUUGAAAGUUUAAAGGUCAAUAACUCUAUUGGGUGGGAAGUGGAUGUCAUAUGCCCAAAGGAUCUGUCUGCUAAAAUGUUAAAAAAGUCGAAAGUUAAUCUGAAUGAAAUAUCACAUAACUCUGCCAUGUGCCUUGUUAGAAAAGUGCUUGACAUGGGAGUUCUACUGGCAGAAGUAUAUAUAGAUACAGUAGGAGAUCCCGAAAAGUAUAGAAUCAAGCUGACAGAAAAGUUUCCAGGAAUCAAAUUUGUGGUUGCCAAAAAAGCUGAUAGCCUUUACCCUGUUGUUAGUGGAGCAAGUAUAGUCGCAAUGGUGACUAGGGACAGAGCCUUGCGAAACUGGGUGUUUGAUGAAACAGCUCUGAGUCUGCACAUGAAAACUGGAUCAGGAUAUCCAGGAGACCCUGAUACUAAGCAAUGGUUAGAAGAUCACAAGCAUCCAGUAUUUGGCUUCCCAACUUUGGUUCGUUUUAGUUGGGGAACUUGUAAGCCCUUCUUCAAGGAUGCAGUUGAGGUUACAUGGGAGUCUGAUGAAGUUGAUGAAGUUGAUGAAGAUGGGACUGACAAUGGAAGCACCAAGCGACAAGUCAAGCUUUCGAGCCUAGGCUUUACUGGUUUCAAAAGGAAGACUGAGGAGAUCGAAUCAAGCGGAAAAGGCCAUUGCAAAUUCUUCCAGGCUCGUAAACUUGAGUUGGUCAGGAAGUUCCAGUGA